GACUCUUUCAUCUCACACAAGGAACUCCAGCUCGUUGCGUUGUUAGCUCAACCGACGCAUAUUAUCGGUGUAAUUGUUGUCUCUCAACAAAGGGAAUCGUGGCUUUUAACGGGUCGCUCUGCAGGGAUGUCGAAACUAAAGCUGAUAUCUGCAGAGGACACUCAGUACACCACAUCAUUUCUGAAGUCCAUCAGUGAGCAACGAAACAGUGGUUUAUUCUGUGAUGUCACCAUAAUUGUGCAAAAGCGCAAGUUCCGGGCGCACAAAGUUGUGCUGUCCGCCUCGAGUACCUAUUUUCGCCAACUUUUCUCAGUUGCUGGACAACUUGUAGAGUUGAACUUCAUCAAGGCAGAUAUAUUUGAGGUGAUCUUGAAUUACAUAUACACAUCUAAAAUAUGCAAAGUUCGAUCGGACAGACUUCAGGAUCUCAUUAGUGCCGGUCAGAAUUUGGGUGUGAAUUUUCUCGCCAAUUUAGGAACGCCACUUGCACAAGUCAAGGGAUUACCUGGCUUGUCCAAAGAAGGAGAUAACAGUGUUAACUGCUCUGAGAAGAAUGAUACUGAAACGGAGAAUAUGCCGAUCAUUACUGAGACAUUCUCACUGUCUGCUGAAGAGUUCAACAUGGCAAGCAGUGGUACAGAAAAGGAAGUGGACUCGGACAAUGAUGACAUUCUUUUCGUCUCCAAAACAGAAGCCUCACCAGCUCAAAAGAUCAAGAUGUCAGAAGUUAAUGAGGGAGGGCCAGAGGCUAAAAAACAAAAAGUCAUAAAUGAGGAAGGAAUUGUCUCUAAAAGCCAAGAGGGAAAAGACAAGCCUCCUUCUGAUACAUCACUCCAAAACAACCUCCAGCCCCAGCCAGACACAGUGCUUCUUGCUAGCCCUGUGAUGUCCCCAGACGCCAGUAGCAAUAUUCUCACUUCACCUGUAAGAACCAGCUCAGCCAGUGAGCCCCACACCCCUGCAUGCGAGAACACCUCACUCCCUCUAGAAAACAAUGAGGUGCUUGGUGUGCAAAAGAAAACGGUUCUUCUAAAGCACUCGCCAGAUAGUCCUGAUAAAAUCAGACUGUCGGAUGUGAAGUCAAUCUAUAGCACAAAUAAUGGAACAGGAACCGGAAUAAACAUGGUACCGGUAGUUUCCGCAAAAACGACAAUAACUUUAGACAAAGCCUCGGAAAUUGAUUCGUUAUCGACAGGGUGUAAAGUAUAUGCUAACAUAGGUGAGAACACCUAUGAUAUUGUCCCUUUAAAGGAGGACCCAGGGGAGGGAGCCACCCAAGAUCGAAAAUCGCAGAUGUCACCUGGUGCCGGCAAUGUGUCUGGUAACUCGCCUCGAGGAAAGAAGUUCAAGCUGGAUCAGGAGGAUCACUACGAAAUUAUCAUGGAUGGAAAAACCUUCUAUGUGUGCAUUGUGUGUAAGCGUCCCUAUGUGUGCCGAACAAGUCUCAAGCGUCACUUUAACACUCACUCGUGGGAAAGAAAGUACCCGUGCCAUUACUGCAGCAAGGUUUUUGCUCUGGCAGAAUACAGGACCAAACAUGAGAUCAGUCACACAGGGGAAAGACGGUACCAGUGUUUACUGUGCAGUGAAAUGUUUCUCAAUUAUCAGGUUUUGUCUGGUCACUGCAAGCAAGUUCACAAUCAAGACCCUUCAGGGCGGAAGCAGAAAGAUGACACAAGCAACAACUUGUAUCGGCUACUGCCUUGUAAAACAGUGCAGUUCAAACCGUAUUCCUUCGUAUCUGAGGAAUCAUUGGGGAUUCCAGUGAUCAAUGAAGAUGGGACUGUUCAACAUUUAGACCCCAAUAAAGCGCACUUUACAAGCGAGGAGCUUCCGUCUAGCCAAAGCAAAGCACUGGCCUGGAGUGACAUCUUUGCAGAACCUGAGACACAUAACAGUCCAGAAGCUCUUGCUCAGCGUAAUCCGCAAGGACCACAACUGCAAGGACCACCGCCACAAUCGCUCAACCAAAUAAAUGCUGAAAGCACAACAGAAUUUGAGUUUGUUAUACCAGAGACGUACUGAGCAUGCUUGUUCGCUGCCCUGGCUCAGGUGCCUUGUUUGGGGUGGUGGAGUGGUUGAUUGUCUGGACCAGUUGAUUUGAUUUGUAGUAUAAACUCCAGUGUCCCAUCAACUUACAGUAGUUUCAAGGUGCUUUUUGUUCUUGGUAAUGUAUAUUUAGAACCAUGUAGUACUUUGCAUUGGUUUGCAGUUCAGUUUCAACUCAUCAACUUAACAUCUUAAUUAUGUGUUAUCACUGUUAGAUAACACAUGGUUAAUUAAAUGGAUAUAAUACAUAUUUUAUGUACAGCAAAAUUAGAUUGAGCUGCCAUAUCUUUAAAAUUUAGUUUUGCAUUUUCUGUUCCAUUCCUAGGACAGUAUAACAAUGUUGGAUGUUAUUAGCAGGGAACAAGUACAGACUGUUACAAAUACAAUUUGUUAUAUUUUUUUACAGUUAUGUAACUUUAAUAUGUAAAGGCUUUUUGGGAGAGUGUUACAUCAAUAAGUCCAAAAGUAACUGUGUUGUACCUAAAUCAUACUAACUAAAUUAUUGUUUUCAUAUUCAGAGUUCAAUUGGAAAGAGAUGCUAAAAUCAUUUAGAUUUUCUAGUCUGCUUCUUAUUGUAGUUAUUAAUGAUUGUUUGGCACUAGACGGAUACAUGUUAACGGCAGGUUUUGGUCCUGCAGUAAGAGUUUGAAUGUUUGUAUUUAUGGUUUUUGCUGAUUGUUAUGUUUUAAGAAGGAUGGAGUAAAUAUGCAAAAUGUUUUUGUCAAUUGUCCAUUAAUUAUGUUUUAAAAUGUAUAUGCUGGCCAUAUAUUAUCACAAAGGGUAUGUGAAGAAAAAUAUUCAUCCCUCCGCCAAUCAUGUCUCGAUAACUACUGAAAUGUUCAAGCUAAUCAAAUAUUGGCACGAUGACC